AAAAAAUCCCUCUUGCUGAUUCUUUCCAUUUUCAAGCUCGUGUAAUUUUCCUUCUUGCUGAUGCUUCCCUUCAGUCCGACUGCGUCUAGGCUCUGUCCAAGUAUCUCGAGGUAUAGCAAUAACGGAAGAAUUUUUGGGUUGUUGCAAUUUAUUACUGAUUUUGGGGUCUACUUAGCAAGAAGAUUUCAUGGAGCUGUGUCAGAGUCUCAGAAUGGAAGAAGUGUUGAUGUACUUCGUAGCAAGUUUAUUCAUUUUUCCAAGACUGUCGAUAAUUUGCCUACUUCAAUCACUUGGAAUACACAAGUGGGAGAACAAGCUGAUGACUUGUUUUUAUCACUUUCUAACCACCCGAAUCCUGAAGUUUCAUGCUUUUCUCAAAAGGGUUAUUCUCAGAUCACAGAAGAAAUUGUUGGCAGAGCAGUUCAUGCCAUUUGCUUAAAGAGUUUGGAGAGGUUGAGUGUGUUCCAGACCAAUACGUUGGUCAAUAUGUAUUCGAAGUUUGGCCAAAUAAACUAUGCCCAGUUUGUAUUUGAUGGAAUGCCUGAGAAAAAUGAAGCUUCUUGGAAUAAUAUGAUGUCGGGUUAUGUCCGAGUAGGUUUAUAUGUGGAAGCAAUGUUGUUCUUUCGAGAUAUUUGUGAAAUAGGCAUUCAACCAAGUGGGUUUGUGAUUGCAAGUUUGGUCACUGCAUGUAAUAAGUCAUCUAGUAUGGCCAAUGAAGGUUUCCAACUUCAUGGUUUUGCAAUUAAAUCUGGUUUGAUAUAUGACAUAUUCGUAGGUACUUCUUUUGUGCACUUUUAUGGUAGCUAUGGGAUUGUCUCUAAUGCUCAAAAUCUGUUCAAUGAGAUGCCUGAUAGGAAUGUGGUCUCUUGGACUUCUUUGAUGGUUUCAUACUCGGAUAACGGAAGUAAGGAGCAAGUGAUAAAUACAUAUCAACGCAUGAGGCAUGAGGGAAUAUGUUGCAAUGAAAACAAUAUAGCUUUAGCCAUUAGUUCUUGUGGGUUUCUUGUCAAUACAUUGUUGGGUCAUCAACUUCUUGGACAUGUUAUAAAGUUUGGAUUAGAGACUAAAGUUUCUGCAGCCAACGCUCUCAUAUCUAUGUUUGGUGGUUGUGGCGACAUUGAUGAGGCAUGCAAUAUUUUCAAUCAGAUGAAUGAAAGAGACACAAUCUCAUGGAAUUCCAUCAUCUCUGCCAAUGCUCAAAAUGCAUUGUAUGAAGAACCAUUUAGGUAUUUUUGCUGGAUGCGCUCAGUACAUGAGGAGAUAAAUUACACAACACUUUCUAUAUUAUUAUCAGUUUGUGGUUCUGUAGAUUUUUUGAAGUGGGGGAAAGGGGUUCACGGUCUAGUUGUAAAAUAUGGACUUGAACCUAAUAUUUGUCUUUGCAAUACUCUCUUAAACAUGUAUUCUGCUGCUGGAAGAUCUGAAGAUGCAGAAUUGAUCUUUAGAAGAAUGCCAGAAAAGGAUUUAAUAUCUUGGAAUUCCAUGUUAGCAUGCUAUGUUCAGGAUGGAAGGUGCCUGUGUGCCUUAAAAGUUUUUGCUGAAAUGCUAUGGAUGAAAAAAGAGAUCAAUUAUGUGACUUUCACCAGUGCAUUGGCUGCCUGUUUAGAUCCUGAAUUCCUUGAUGAAGGUAAAAUUCUUCAUAGUUUUGUUAUCGUUCUGGGUCUGCAAGAUAAUUUGAUCAUUGGCAAUACAUUAAUUACAUUUUAUGGAAAAUGUCAUAAGAUGGCUGAGGCUAAAAAGUUAUUUCAAAGAAUGUCCAAGCAUGACAAAGUAACCUGGAACACACUUAUGGGUGGUUUUGCUGAUAAUUCCGAACCGAAUGAGGCAGUAGCAGCCUUUAAGUUGAUGAGGGAAGGAGGUACAUGUGACGUUGACUAUAUUACCAUUGUAAAUACUCUUGGUUCUUGUUUGACUAAGGAGGAUCUGAUCAAAUAUGGGACAGCCAUUCAUGCUCAUACAGUUGUGACAGGAUUCGAUCUAGAUCAGCAUGUACAGAGCUCCCUUAUUACAAUGUAUGCAAAGUGUGGUGACCUUCACUCAAGUAGCUAUAUAUUUGAUAAAUUAGUAUUUAAAACUUCUAGUGUGUGGAAUGCCAUCAUUACUGCAAAUGCUCGUUAUGGCUUUGGAGAAGAGGGUUUGAAACUUGUAGUAAGGAUGAGAAGUGCUGGGAUUGAGUUUGAUCAGUUCAACUUCUCCACUGCUCUAUCAGUUGCAGCUGACUUGGCUAUGUUGGAGGAAGGCCAACAACUCCAUGGAUCAACGAUUAAACUAGGAUUCGAAUUUGAUCAUUUUGUUGUAAAUGCUGCUAUGGAUAUGUAUGGGAAGUGUGGGGAACUAGAUGAUGCUUUAAGAAUACUUCCCCAACCAACCAAUAGGUCACGAUUAUCAUGGAAUACGUUGAUAUCGAUUUUUGCUAGGCAUGGACAUUUUCAGAAGGCCAGGGAAACAUUUCAUGAGAUGCUAAAACUGGGUGUGAAACCUGAUCGUGUGUCAUUUGUAUGUCUUCUUUCUGCGUGCAGUCAUGGGGGGUUAGUUGAUGAGGGUCUUGCUUUUUAUGCUUCAAUGACUUCUGAAUACGGAAUUCAACCCGGAAUAGAACAUUGUGUGUGCAUGGUUGAUCUUCUUGGACGAUCAGGAAGGCUUGUAGAAGCUGAAUCUUUCAUUAGGGAAAUGCCAAUUCCACCUAACGAUCUUGUUUGGCGGAGUCUUUUGGCUUCUUGUAGAAUCUAUCGUGAUCUGGACCUCGGAAGAAAGGCUGCAGAGUGUCUUCUUGAGUUGGAUCCAUCUGAUGAUUCAGCUUAUGUUCUUUACUCAAAUGUCUUUGCAACCAUCGGCAAAUGGAAAGAUGUAGAGGACGUGCGGGGACGAAUGGGUGCGAAUAAAAUUCAAAAGAAGCCUGCACAUAGCUGGGUCAAGUGGAAAGGCAAUAUAAGCAUAUUUGGAAUGGGGGACCAAACACAUUUGCAGACGAACCGGAUAAACGAUAAGUUGAUAGAACUUAUGAAAAUGGUUAGAGAAGCUGGUUAUGUUCCUGAUACAAGCUACGCACUGCAGGAUACAGAUGAAGAACAGAAGGAGCAUAAUAUGUGGAACCAUAGUGAAAGAAUCGCACUUGCUUUUGGAUUGAUCAACAUUCCUCAAAGUUCUACUGUUCGGAUUUUCAAGAAUCUUCGUGUUUGUGGUGACUGUCAUUCUUUCUUCAAGUUUGUCAGUGGAAUUCUUGGACGAAAAAUCAUAUUGAGGGAUCCAUAUCGGUUCCAUCACUUCACUGAUGGCAAUUGUUCAUGUUCUGACUAUUGGUAGUGAGAAUAGUCAGUGAAGUUAUCCAAAAUUUGAUCAGUUUCUGACCUCUACGACGAUCUGUAAGGAGAUACAGGUCUUGGAUUCACAGCUGUAAAAGGCCCAUCGGGCGACGACCUUACUUGAACACAGGAUCUGUUUCUAUGGGUUGUACACUGUGCCAUUGAGUUCUAAAAAAAUGCCCAUCAGGCAAUUGGCGUAGUUUUGGGGCCCAAAUUCAUCCCACUCAACUUCUCUCAAACACCUGUGCUGAAUUCAGACAGACAAUUAUUCAAAUAUCAGAAAUGAAAAGUCCCUACUGGCUCUUCUCUCUAUCAGCCUAUUUUGCUCUUUUCUUCUGGCUGGGUGAAAUGUAACUGCCUAUGUGUCAGGCAAAUCCUUGGAAGCGGUAUAGAAGAACAAUGACACCAAUGAGGCGGUUGGUUCUUGGCGAUACCCAUCACGAAGAGGGAAAAAAAAACUUGCAGCUUUUCAUGAUAAAGUUCUGUUACGUGUUUCUUCCCAUACACUUUCUUGAGGAGAUCCAACAAUAAGGGUAAAGAGCAAACUGUGGAGGGGCAUCUGAUAUGGGCAACUAGUUAGGAAAACUAGUGUUUUGAUAUAUAACUUGAGCAUUCCUUUGCCAAAUAAGUUGUCCUUUCUGGCUUUUUGGGGAAAUUUUAUUGUCUUAACUUCCAUGUCAGUACUGACUGGAUGGCUUAAAUUUGAUGCUUAUGUAAGACUUCAUGUAUCACUUGCCAUGAUGAUUCCAAGAACUUCGCUUGAUCAUGUGAGAGGAUGGAACAUACAAAAGCAGUCUGAAAGGUGCUUAAGAUAUAAAAAUAUGUUGUUAUGGUCGACCACCAUGGGUUGGCCUAGUGGUCACAAGAUUUUGAAAGAAUGAGUUCAAACCAUGACGAUAAUGUACUUAAAGAUUCAAAAUUCUACUAGCUCAUUGGCAACUAUAUUUUGUUGGAUUAGACAGUUGUCCUGUGAGAUUAGUUGUGGUGCCCGAAAGCUAUCCAAACAUUCACGAAUUACAACUAUAAAAGAAAAAGGGUUGUUAUAGUCUAGAAGUCUGGGUUUGCAGAAGAUUAGACUGCUGAUCUUUGAUGGUUUUCUUUUAAUGGGUUCUCAAAGUUGAGACAAGGUUCAGAUGAAUAUCACCUGUCAUUUUGUGCAUGUUGAAGUUACCUUCUAAAGGGCAACAAAACGAGAACACGCCCUUGUGAUGAUGGAAAAUUCAGCAUGUCAGGAUCUUUAUGCUUGAUAUUGAGGCCUCCUUGGACCAUGGAAAGUGUUAAUUCUACUGAGGAAGAUUGAGAAGUUCUUUUUGCAGUGUUGAAAGAUUUCAUUUUCAUAACUAGAAAACGUUAUCUAUCGACUCGAGUAGCAUCGAGCAUAUGGAAUCUCGUGUGAAUUAGUAAAUACUACCUUAAAAGACUAAAUAUUAAAGGGGUGGUUGAUAGUGAA